UCUAUGUUGUCUUCUUAUGUGGAGUCCUUGGAAAAAGAAAGAUUCUUUUGACUCCAGAAGAGCGUUAGACAAGCAGCUGAUCCAUUGAUUCAUUGCAACACAUGAAAAAAGAAUUUUCUGGUUACAAAGCUCGAUCAGCAGAAUUUAUUGUAGACAUGGAACACAAAUAUGACCGGAGAAGUGAACUGAAGGCAUUUGAUGAGUCAAAAGCUGGGGUAAAGGGACUUGUGGAUUCUGGGGUAGCAAAGAUCCCGCGGAUAUUCGUCCAUGAUGAGCAACAUCAGCAAAAUUACGACUACUCAGGUUCCAGCUGGGUCCCCAAGUUCAGCAUUCCGAUCAUAGAUUUCCAAGGCAUCAAUGGAGAUGCUAGUCUGCGUGCGAAGGUAGUUAACGAAGUCAGAGUUGCAUGUGAAAAUUGGGGUUUCUUUCAGGCAGUCAAUCAUGGAGUUGAGGUCUCUGUGCUGGAUGAGAUGAUCGAUGGGGUACGCAGAUUUCACGAGCAAGAGCAUGCGGUUAAGAGUGUAUUUUAUACACGCGAUGAAACGAGAAAGGUGACAUACAACACCAAUUUCGAUUUCUACCAAGCACCAGCAGCUAAUUGGAGGGAUACCCUAUACUGUGCUAUGGCUCCUUCUCCACCCGACCCUGAAGAAUUUCCCCAAGUAUGCAGAGAUAUAACGAUUAAUUACUCGAAGAAAGUAAUGAGAUUAGGCCUUACUAUACUCGAGUUGCUGUCGGAAGCUCUUGGACUUAAAUCGAACCACCUCAAAGACAUGGGUUGCGCUGAGGGACUUUAUGUUUUAGGACAUUACUAUCCAGCAUGCCCCGAACCAGACUUGACUUUAGGCCUCAGCCGACACACUGACAGUGCCUUCCUCACGGUGGUUUUACAAGACCAAAUGGGUGGCCUUCAAGUCCUCCAUGAGAAUCAAUGGAUGGAUGUUAACCCCAUCCCGGGAUCUCUGGUUCUAAACCUGGGAGAUAUGAUGCAGUUUCCAUGUGUUUUUGUGCAGUUAAUCUCCAACGAUAAGUUCAAAAGCGUGUUUCACAGAGUACUGGCAAAGAAUGUAGGUCCAAGAAUAUCCGUGGCUAGUUUUUUCAGAACACAUUUCAAACAAGAGACUUAUACCCCCAGGCUGUAUGGACCGAUAAAGGAGCUGCUAUCAGAAGAAAACGCCCCAAUCUACAGGGAAACCACCAUAAAAGAUUAUGUUGCUUAUAUCUACUCGAAACGACUCGACGGGACCUCCGGACUUGAACAUUUCAAACUUUGAAGUUUGUCAUCCCUGCAUGUUUGGGCUUAGCUGUGGCGGCUUAUAGAGUUGAUUAUGGUUCAUCUCCAUUCUUUGAGCUUCAACUCUGACCUUUAACGUUUGCUGCUAGUGUAUUUUUGCAAUUCCCAACUUUGCUCUGCUUGUCCAUGCUCCGCUCCAUAUUCUUAGGCGAGGUUUAGAUAAUGAGUUGAGAUAA